AUGUCGAGACGAUACGAUUCCCGCACCACAAUUUUCUCCCCAGAGGGCCGGUUGUAUCAGGUCGAGUAUGCGCUCGAGGCCAUUUCGCAUGCUGGAACAGCUAUUGGCAUUCUAGCUAAAGACGGCAUUGUUCUUGCUGCGGAGCGCAAGGUCACGUCAAAGCUAUUAGAGCAGGACACUUCUGCGGAGAAACUUUACAUACUGAACGAUAACAUGAUCUGCGCCGUCGCAGGCAUGACUGCAGAUGCCAACAUAUUGAUCAACUAUGCCCGACAGGCUGCGCAACGAUACCUCCUUACCUAUAAUACCGAUAUACCCUGCGAGCAGUUGGUGCGAAGACUGUGUGAUUUGAAGCAGGGAUACACCCAGCAUGGUGGCCUGCGUCCUUUCGGGGUAUCUUUCAUCUAUGCUGGAUGGGAUCCGCAACGGCAGUUCCAGCUAUACCUUUCCAACCCCUCUGGUAACUAUGGCGGAUGGAAGGCUACCAGUGCCGGGGCGAAUAAUGCAAGCGCCCAGAGUUUGCUAAAGCAGGACUACAAAGAAGACUGCACAUUGAAGGAAGCCUGCGGCAUGGCUGUUAAGGUUUUGAGCAAAACAAUGGACUCUACAAAAUUGAGCAGCGAGAAGAUCGAAUUUGCUACAGUAGGGCAGACAAAGGAAGGCAAGAUAUACCACAGGUUAUGGAGUGCAGAUGAUAUCACGUCUCUGCUUAAAGAACAUGAUCUUGCCAAGGAUGAAAGUGCAGAUGAGAAGUAA